AUGAUUCCUGCAUCAGUUCCUGCUGCUCAGCCAUUGCCGCAGACUGCGGCGGAUAUCCCACAGCGCUCGUACGUUCCGCUAAAGGACCCCAAGACAGGCAUGGACACAACUAACGCCCAAUGCGCUCGCUGCCAUAAGGGGCUCUUUGAAAAGGACAUCAUCAAGCAGCCACAAUGCGGGCACUUGUUUCACGGACACUGCAUUGACAACCAUCUUCGCACGGAGAUUUACUGCCCCGUGUGCCGCAUGCAGGUGCUGUUCCCGCCUAUGGCUGCAACUGUCGUGCACGACGGUCGAGCGGUUGGAUCCGUCUACCCGUCAACUCAACUACCUCCGCGCGCAGUGCCGGUGGCGACGGCUUUCACGUUCUAUCGUGACCCAGCCAAGGUUCGUCCCGAGACCAAUGGUUGGUACCGCUGCCCGCGCUGCGCACAGACCGACAUCGUGGAUUUCAUUCGUGGCAGCUGCGUGCUGCAGUGA